AUGAAACAGAAAGUUCGGGCAGUGUCCAGCAAUUUUGGCUGCCACAAGGUCUGGCUAACUCACUUGUUUCGCUUGGUGGACAUAGAUACACUUCAGCCGCUGAGUGAUGUACCGAUGGCGCGAGAGUGGCAUCCCAUUGAAGAGUUCACAGCUUCGAUGUCGGUGACGCGCGUUGAAACCAACUCGUCAUGGUCUGAUGUCAGAGACAGACUGCUGUCAACGCUGCGACUUCGUGGUGAUUCUUCAGAGGGCGUCCAAGGCUGCUUGCAACUCUGGUUUGGCCCUUCGAAGCGGAUUGUCGGAGGCAAGCACCUCGAAUAUUUCAAUUUCAUCAACGCGAAGACAUUGGCUACUUGCGGGCUUGGAAAGAAGCAGGCGGGCCUGCAGAUUAAGAGGAGAAUGGCAGCCUCCUCGAAUUAA